AUGUACCUUUCCAUUUGUUGCUUCUUCUUCUGCUGGGCUCCUGCCCUGACGCUGAAGAACCUGAAUUAUUCGGUGCCGGAGGAGCAGGGGGCGGGCACGGUGAUCGGCAACAUCGGCAGGGAUGCCCGGCUGCCAGCGGGGGCGGGCGGGCCGCCGGCGGAGCGGGGAGGCGGCCGGGGGGCCAAGUCGACGUUCCGCGUGCUGGAGAACUCGGCGCCGCACCUGCUGGACGUGGACGGCGAGAGCGGGCUGCUCUACACCAAGCAGCGCAUCGACCGCGAGGCGCUGUGCCGGCGCAGCGCCAAGUGCCAGCUCUCGCUCGAGGUCUUCGCCAACGACCAGGAGAUCUGCAUGGUCAAGGUGGAGAUCCAGGACCUGAACGACAACGCGCCCGCCUUCCCCUCCGACCAGGUGGACAUGGACAUCUCGGAGAACGCGGCGCCGGGCACCCGCUUCCCCCUCACCAGCGCCCACGACCCGGACGCCGGCGACAACGGGCUGCGCACCUACCUGCUCACCCGCGACGACCACGGCCUCUUCUCGCUCGACGUCAAGUCGCGGGCCGACGGCGCCAAGUUCCCGGAGCUGGUGAUCCAGCAGCCGCUGGACCGCGAGGAGCAGAGCCACCACACGCUGGUGCUGACGGCGCUGGACGGCGGCGAGCCGCCCCGCUCGGCCACGGCGCAGCUCAACGUGCGCCUCAUCGACUCCAACGACAACAGCCCCGUCUUCGAGGCGGCCUCGUACGUGGUGGAGCUGCCGGAGGACGCGCCGCUGGGCACCGCCGUCCUCGACCUCAACGCCACCGACGCGGACGAGGGCACCAACGGCGAGGUGCGCUACGCCUUCAGCGGCUACGCGCCCGAGCGCGUCCGCGACCUCUUCAGCAUCGACCCGCAGAGCGGCCUCAUCCGCGUCAAGAGCAACCUGGACUACGAGGAGAGCGGCCUCGUCGACAUCGACGUGCAGGCCCGCGACCUGGGGCCCAACCCCAUCCCCGCCCACUGCAAGGUCACCGUGCGCCUCGUCGACCGCAACGACAACGCGCCCGCCAUCGGCUUCGUCUCCGUCCGCCAGGGGGCGCUCAGCGAGGCCGCCCCGCCGGGCACCGUCGUCGCCCUGGUGCGGGUCACCGACCGCGACUCCGGCAAGAACGGGCAGCUGCAGUGCCGGGUGCUGGGCGGCGGCGGGGCGGGCGCUGUGCCCUUCGCCCUGGAGGAGAACUACGACAACUUCUACACGGUGGUGACCGACCGGCCGCUGGACCGCGAGGCGCAGGACGAGUACAACGUGACCAUCCUGGCCCGGGACGGGGGCAGCCCCCCGCUCAACUCGUCCAAGUCCUUCUCGGUGCGGAUCCUGGACGAGAACGACAACCCGCCCCGCUUCAGCAAGAGCCUCUACAUGCUGCAGGUGCCUGAGAACAACAUCCCUGGCGAGUACCUGGGCUCCGUGCUGGCCCAGGACCCGGACCUGGGCCACAAUGGGACUGUGUCCUACUCCAUCCUGCCCGGGCACGUGGGCGACGUCUCCAUCUACACCUACGUCUCCGUCAACCCCACCAAUGGCGCCAUCUAUGCCCUGCGGAGCUUCAACUACGAGCAAACCAAGCACUUCGAGUUCCGCGUGCUGGCCAAGGACUCGGGCUCGCCCCAUCGCGAGAGCAACGCCACGGUGCGCGUCACGGUGCUCGACGUCAACGACAACGCGCCUCUCAUCGUUCUGCCUGCCCUCAUCAAUGACACUGCGGAGCUCCAGGUGCCACGCAACGCUGGCGUGGGCUACCCCGUGGGCACCGUGCAUGCCCUGGACAGUGACUUCGGGGAGAGCGGACGCCUCACGUACGAGAUUGUCGAAGGCAAUGAGGAGCACCUCUUUGAGAUGGAUCCCACCAGUGGUGAGAUACGCACUUUGCAUCCAUACUGGGAAGAACUCAGUCCCGUGGCUGAACUGGUGGUCAAGGUCAGUGACCAUGGCAAGCCCAGCCUCUCAGCCGUGGCUAAGCUGAUUGUCAGGGCCUUGGCUGGACCACUGCCCGAAGCUGGUGAGCCACAGGUGAAUGGUGAGCAGCAUCGGCGACCACACUGGGACCUGUCGCUGCCCUUGAUUGUGACCUUGAGUACCGUCUCCAUCAUCCUACUAGCUGCCAUGAUCACCAUUGCUGUGAAGUGCAAGCGGGAGAACAAGGAGAUCCGCACCUACAAUUGCCGCAUCGCCGAGUACAGCCAUCCCCAGCUGGGAGGAGGGGGUGGCAGCAGCGGGGGAGGAGGAGGAGGCAGCACCAGUGGUGGGGGCAAGGGCAAGAAGAAGAAGAUCAGCAAGAAUGAUAUCAUGCUGGUGCCCAGUGAGGGGGAGGACAGCAGGGGCCCCCUCAAUGUCAUGAACGUAGUGAGCAGCCCAUCCUUGGCCACCUCACCCAUGUACUUUGACUACCAGACCCGUCUGCCCCUCAGCUCACCUAGGUCCGAGGUGAUGUAUCUGAAACCCGCCUCCAACAACCUGACUGUGCCCCAGGGACACGUGGGCUGCCAUACCAGCUUCACAGGGCAAGGAACUAAUGCCAGCGAGGCUCCCCCGAGCCGGAUGUCCAUAAUUCAGACAGACAAUUUUCCCGCAGAGCCCAAUUACAUGGGCAGCAGGCAGCAGUUUGUUCAAAGUAGCUCCACGUUCAAGGACCCAGAAAGAGCCAGCUUGAGGGACAGCGGGCAUGGGGACAGUGAUCAGGCUGACAGUGACCAAGACACUAACAAAGGCUCCUGCUGUGACAUGUCUGUUAGGGAGGCACUCAAGAUGAAAACUACUUCAACUAAAAGCCAGCCACUUGAGCAAGCAUUCCCGACUUUGCUUUCCUUUGCUAUCCUCACCCUACACACCAUCACAAGUAGACUUCAGUCUGUUGAUCUGCUUCUGCCAGAACAGCAAGGCAGAGGCCAAAGACCCAUUGUUGGGAUCUGUGGACCAGCCCGCUGUGAGGAAGGAAAAUUUUCAGAACAAGAAAAGUGUGUUAAUUGCACAGAUGAAUGCAGAGUGCUCGGUCAUUCUGACAGGUGUUGGAUGCCACAGUUCCCUACAACCAAUCAGGCUGAAAAUGCAGAUUAUCGCACAAAUCUCUUUGUACCCACAGUUGAAGCUAACGUUGAGACUGAGACUUACGAAACUGUGAAUCCCACCGGGAAAAAGACUUUUUGUACAUUCGGGAAAGACAAGCGAGAGCACACUAUUCUCAUUGCCAAUGUUAAACCUUAUUUAAAAGCCAAACGUGCCCUGAGUCCUCUUCUUCAGGAGGUUCCCUCAGCAUCGAGCAGCCCAACCAAGACAUGCAUUGAGCCUUGCACCUCAACAAAAGGACCACUGGAUGGUUGUGAAGUGAAAUCAGGAGCCUUGGCUGAAGCAAGCAGCCAGUACUUGUCAACUGACAGUCACUAUCUAUCACCUAGUAAACAGUCAAGAGACACUCCAUUCAUUGCAUCAGAUCAGAUGGCUAGGGUCUUUGCAGAUGUACAUUCCCGAGUGAGUCGAGACUCAAGUGAGAUGGACUCUGUUCUGGAGCAGUUAGACCGUUCAAAUCGGGAUCUAGGGAGAGAGUCAGUGGAUGCAGAGGAAGUUGUGAGAGAAAUUGACAAGCUUUUACAGGACUGUCGUGGAAGUGACCCUGUAGCUGUGAGGAAGUGAAAAAAAAAGUGUAGGCUGGCACUUACUUGCCUCUUCUGCUUGUUUGAAAAAGAAAAAAAAAAAGAUCACCCCUGGUUAUAACAAUUUUACAGGGAUGAAGGAAGACCAAUGCUGCUUUAAGGCUUUUAGUGAACGUCUGAAGUGCCCACAAGUAUGUUCUCUUCACUGCUCUUUCUUUUUCACAUAAAAUACUGGUUUCAUUUUGACCAAACUUUCAUUAGGACAGUGUGAAGUACAUUAAGAACCAAGAGAAAAAAGGAAAGACAGUGCCAUUUUGACAAUCUGAUAGGAAGGGAUGAGAAAUGAGGAAUAAAACUACGUCUGAUAUUUUAAGACUGUCCUCAAUAGUUGAUGCUGACUUUACUGUUUACCUAUAAACCCCAUGAAAAGCAGGGUUGAAUCACUCUGAUCUGUGGUGGAUUUCCAGCAGUCACCACAGACUUCUACUGAAAGUCCUAAAAAAGAUUUUGUAGUAGUCCAAGCUACACCAAACAUUAACAUUCAUUUGUGGUAAACAUUUCUGUAUAAAGUUAUCUGCCACAAAAAGGAAACAAAAACAAACAAAAAUCAUUCCAGAUCAUUAUUCAAGAAAACAUAUCCUGGUCAUUAGUAACACAACUCAUAUCAUAUUAAAGUUAAAUGUAAAAUGAUAUAGUCCAUUUUGUCCUGCACACACAUAAGCUAAUUCACUUGAUAAAAAGGAAAAAAAGGUUUUAGUGCAUAUUUAGCAUUUUAGUGUCCAACAAAAAUAUAAAUAGUUAGCACUAAGUUAGAAACAAACCUGAGGUAUAAUAAAAGUUCGCAAAAAUAGUUACCUUUGAAGGGUAAUACGUGAAACAAAAUAACAUUAUUAACACUUUUUUAUUAAUUUGUGGACACUAAAAUAGCUCAGGAAAGUGAAAAUGUCUUAGACAUCUACACAAAUCACAUGACCAUUUAAAUGUGCAAAUGUAAGAAGAUUCAAUGUGUUUACAUCAAAUGACAUAUUUUUAUUGAUUUAUUGCAGAUUCAGUGCAUAUGAGCCAAAUUGUUGAGUGUAUAAGAGCUAUAUUGUGUAUUUUAUUAAAUUAAUAUAUAGUUGUGUUGCAAAAAUAUUUGGGCUUAUAUUGUAAAUGGCAAGUGUUGCCUCAGUAGCUGUCGAACUCUAUGAGUUUUGUUUUCUCCUGCUUCCUUUUCCCCAUGGAGUAUGGGAAGCAGUGCCUCAGAGCAAAGUCUCUUGUUUAAUGUAUGGUCUACAAAGUACUUCAGUACAUAAUCUGUUCAGAAUGUGUUUGAGUGAGCUGAUGGAGCUAACUGAACGGCCUACAAAUACAACUAUCAGUCAUGGUUAUGUGCAAAUCCUUCUAUUGCAAACCUAUGUUUAAUAACAAAAAUUACACUUGAACCAACACCUGAAAUCUCCUUGUUUUUUUCCAAGCACAUAUGCAGACAGUCUGUUUAGGUAACACAUUCUUGAUUGAGGACACAACUGAUCCUAAUAUUUAAUGUUUUAUGCUACAGUUAAGUUCAUAGAGUAUAAAAAUGUGUCAGAGCCAGUGUUGUACAAGCGCUGUUUUUUCUGGUUUCUUGGAAAGUGCUAUGGUUUACAGAGGUUCUGGGUGCAGGCUGCUUAUUUUUUAUUUGUUUUUUUAACUAUUAUUUUAAGUUACUUUGUUACUUGGAAUAAUUUGCAAGAGAAUCUCUCUCUCUCUUCCUCUCCCCCACACUCCUCCCUUUUAACUUCAGCCCUUUACGGUGUUUGGCAAACUUCAAAAUUGCUUCUAGAUGAAAAGUUGAAAAAAUACACAUUUAAAUAUUUGCUUAAAAUGAAACUAGCACAAGCACAAGAAUCAGCAGAGAAAAUGUUUAGACUAAAAUUUUCCUCUGGGUAUUUUGAAUACUCUCUAUAGCAUAGCACCAUGAAACACAGUGAUAAAAAACUGUGGAUCUGUAUUACACUAAAUUUAAACUGUCAUAUCUUUAAAUGUAUUUAAAAGAGUGAAUUUAAUUCAGGCUUGGCCAUUUCAGAUCCCACAAGGCCAUACUUAAAUAAUAUUCAUCAGUUCAAGAAACAGAGUUGACCAACACCUGGCUGUGAUGUUGUGUAUUCCGUGAUAAAGAUGUUCUCAUCUAGUCAGGCCUACAAUGAAUUGUCUUUGGUUCUUGAAAACCAGCCAUUACAAAAGUUUGCUCUCAGCUUCCAUUGUACAGAAAGUCUACAAUCAUAUGUAAACAAAGGAUAUUGUACAUGUUUUAUCAAGCUACUCUCCAUAUUUUGGACAAUUUGUGUAUCUAAAAUGUGUUGUUGUCUGUGUACUACAGUAUUAUUUUGCGAAGAGAUUGAAAGUUGAUUUUGCUUGAUAGCUAAAAUUCCAGAGAGGAUCCCUUUUUGUUUUGUCUGUCUUUUAUCCUUAUUUCCAUGGUGCCCAUCACUUUAGUUUAGUUUAUCACCAACCUUUUAGUUCAACCAGUGAGAUCCAUUAUUCAGCUAAACCUAAAUCAGUAUGUAAAUGUAGUCAAGUGAUGGAGGCUUCUGUAUUUUAUAAACAAUUUUAACACUCAGAAACCAAUUGUACAAUUCAUUGUAUGUGUCUGAAGACAUAAAAACACAACAUUCUGAGAAAGGGCUGUGCCAGUGUAAAAGAAAUUUACCUUAAGGCUCUCUGUCACUAGUGAUUUACUGUUGAUUGAGCUGUUUAACACAUUAUAUGUAUUUAGUUGUUAUUAUUUAUUUACCAGUCUGAGGUAAUUCGGAAUUCAUGACUCACAACUUUAGAGUGAGUUUAGCAAAUCUUGCUUUUAUAUAAUUUGUCCAGCAACUGCUUUGUGUUGCAGAUCUUUGGCAUAUUGCUUCCAAUGAGGCUGUCCCAGAAUAUGAUAUCUGCUUUAUAAUUUAGGAGUCACCUGUCACUGCUGUUGAGAUAUCAUGAUCAACUGAUAAAGUUUACAUGGGGGGGGGAGGUUUUGAGGGUUAAGUUAGCAUCUGUGUGAUUAAGUGAAGGAAAUACCACACAUGGGAGAAGUAAAAUAUAACUGUCUAUCCUUCAGCCUCCCUGCAAACAACUGGAAACAACCCAGCAAUUAAAACUAACGCCCAUGGAUUAUUUCUUGCCUUUUUUACAUACAUAAGGCAGAUUUUAAAAGUGACUUUUAAUACUAAAUGAAAACUUCCACCAGACAAUUGUAAAAAUAAUUAUUGUUACAAGGGGAAAUCCAUUAAGCAACUAAUAAAGAUGUGUGAAAUAUGAGUGGAGAGGAAUGGAUGUCUAUGCCACUUGUACAUUAACCAAAGCAAAUAAUAGAGUAAUAUUUCCUAUGAUUUCAGAAAAUGUUGACCAACCAAAUCAAACACAACUGAAUUCAAAAUGUUAGAAAAUUCACUUUUUUCUAGGCCUGUCAUACAGAAGAGAACUUCUCUUGAAAUGUGAUUUGCCAUUAGAGCAUACAGGAGAUUGUCCAUUUAGAAAUAUGACCAUUAAAAAGUCAUGCAGAUGCUAGUGAUGGAGCUCAAUGCUUUAUUCAAACUAGCUUUCCAGCUGUUUGUUGCCUAAUGGAGUAGAAAUGCUGAGGUCAACAAGUAGUCUGAAGUCUGGCAUAUUAUACGCCCACUCAUUAUUGUCUAAUUACAUUCUUUUGACAUCAGACAGCAUUUAUCAGUGCAUUAAUUCAAAUGGGAGUUUUGGCUAUCAAGAUUUGUUGAUUUGAAGUGUAAUUGAAUGAAACCUGAUUAAGGUCUUGACUUCUCUGGCCCCAUUGUUCCACAGGUUGGCAGUUCACAUUUAUCAACCCUUGUCUCCCCAUAUGGCUAAGAGCUGCACCAAGUGAUUGGUGAACAACACUACAAAAACAAAGAAAAGCAGCAUACAUUGUAUGGAUUAUCUCAACCGCUAUUGUUUAAUGGCUGUGUUUAAUGUGACCUAUCUGGAAAAUGAGGACUACGAAUAAAAAGCAAUUACUAAUA